AUGUCUCCUCCCGAUUGUCCAGGACGUCCUGGUUGUCCUGGAUGUCCGUCUGGUCCUGGACGUCCUGGCUGUCCUGGUGCUCCCUUUGGUCCAGCUGGUCCUGGGCGACCACCUCCUGAGCUUCCUGGCUGUCCGGCUUGUCCUGGUGCUCCACGUGGUCCUGGUGGUCCUGGUGGGGCGACACCUCCUCCGUAUCCCGGCUCCUGGAGCUCCUGGACGGCAGCAUGUGGAGCAUCCACCUCCACCUCCACCUCCUCCUUGUGGUGGGAACACUGGCUGUUGUGGUUGAGCAUAGCCACCACCUCCGUAUCCGGCGUGACGAGCGUUACGGGUAGAGUUCUGGUUGGAUCCGACGGAGGCGCGAAGAUGGUUGACCUCGGAGAAGACCUCGUCGGCAGAGUGUUUACAGAAGGAGACCUCUUGGUAAUCAAAGGACACUUACCGAAACGACGGAAAGAACGCAAAAAGCGACAGCAGAGAAGGCAACGAGCCGAUAAGCCUUUAGCCGUACGUCAAUAUCCAUCAUCUUCUCUUCUCUUCUUUUCGUCGAGAAUCGAAUCGAAUCGACAAGACUGUCGUUUCCUGCCGAGACGACUUCCUUUUAUACUCCCGUGUUUCUGUACCGGUAGAACCGUUUAG